AUGGCACUGGCCGCUGUUGUCGCCGGCGGAACUGCGCUGGCAUAUCUGAAUGGAAAAUACCAGCUGGUCUCUGAUAUAUCGUCCAUCAUCUCAAUCAAGCGAGGCGAGCGAAACGCUGCAGCACGAGUGGCUAAUGGCACCGUUUGCCCAUGGUUCAUGUUUGAGGAGACGGUCAAGAAAUACCCUUCUGUGAGCGCUGUAUGGACGCGCGAGACAUCCUAUACCUUCCGUCAACUGCACGACGUCGCGUGCCAGUAUGCAAACUACUUUCGCUCACAGGGCGUGCAGCCAGGUCAACUUGUAGCCUUGUAUCUGCAAAACUGCGCUGACUUUCCUGCCAUCUGGCUGGCACUGUGGUCUAUUGGAGCAGCUCCAGCUUUCAUCAAUUACAACCUUGCCGGACCGGCGUUGUUGCAUUGCGUAAAGGUUAGCAGUGCAAGUCUGUUAAUCGUUGAUGAUGAUGCUGCGUGUAAAGGAAGGAUAGAAGAGGAGCGUACAACUAUCGAGAAUGAGUUUCAUAUCACUCCGAUACUCCUCGACGACGAGUUCAAGAAACACAUCAGCACCUUUCCUACCGUUGCCCCCGAUGUCUCUCUCCGACGUAACAUGGCUGGUUCAUUCCCAGGCUGUCUCUUCUAUACUAGCGGCACCACCGGACUCCCGAAGGCUUGCGCGUUCACUCUGGAGCGUCUCAACCACCUCUUCGGCACGCGUGCCCUGCGCGAUACCCCCGGCGGAGCUGAUAGAUGGUAUAACUGCAUGCCCCUUUACCAUGGUACCGGAGGCAUCAAUAUGAUCGUCGCCCUCGUAGGUGGUGUCUGCGUUGCGCUCGGCAAACGUUUCAGCGUCUCCUCUUUUUGGCACGACGUUAUCGACUCGAAGUCCACACGCUUCGUUUAUGUAGGAGAAACAGCACGUUAUUUGCUUGCUGCACCUCCAUCACCGCUUGACAAAGCUCACUCCGUCAUCUGCGUAUACGGUAAUGGUCUACGGCCGGACGUAUGGGAGAAAUUCAGAACCCGUUUCAAUAUCCCUACCAUUGCAGAAUUCUUCGCCAGCACAGAGGGCAUGUUUGCACUACUCAACUAUGACUGUGGGCCCUACCAGGCUGCCUGUGUUGGCCAUCACGGCCUCAUCCUCCGCAAACUACUGCAUAACGUCUACGUGCCGGUAGCCAACGACCCAGUUAGGGGAGAUAUACUCCGUGACCCAACCACUGGCUUCGCCACGCGCAGCCCUUACGAAGUCGGUGGAGAGAUUCUCGUCGCCAUCCCUAACGAACAGGCUUUCCAAGGCUACUGGGACAAUCCAUCCGCAACAUCGAAGAAAUUCGUGCGUGAUGUCUUUAAAAAAGGAGACCUGUACUACCGAUGCGGAGACUCUCUGCGCCGCACCAACGACGGACACUGGCACUUCCUCGAUCGUCUGGGCGAUACAUUCCGUUGGAAGUCAGAAAACGUCUCCACGGCCGAAGUCGCAGUAGUGUUGGGCGAGUUCCCAGGUGUCGCUGAGGCGAAUGUCUACGGGGUUACGGUACCGAACCACGAAGGCCGGGCUGGCUGUGCUGCACUCUUAAUUGAGCCAGAGGCAUUGGCAGGGUUCAAGUGGGAUGCGUUUCUAAAACAUACUCGCGAGAGGCUGCCACGAUAUGCCGUACCUGUGUUUGUGAGGCUUGUGAGUGCGUCUGAACAUAUACAUAACCACAAGCAGAAUAAAGUCGGGUUAAGAGAAGAAGGGGUAGAGCCAGCUAAGAGAGGGACGAAAGCUACUGGUGGCAAGGAGGAUAAGAUGUUGUGGUUGAUACCGAAGAUGGAUACGUAUGAGGAGUUUGGGGAUAAGGAGUGGGAGUCUUUGGUUGGAGGUGGAGUUAGGCUAUAG